AGCUGAUCGUUCCGUGUCCACAACCGCAAUAAAUAAGUAUCUUUCUGCUAAAAUUUAUUGUGGUCGACGAUUUAACGAUGCUGGACACCUGGCAGAGCAUCAUCACAUCCAUUUCCAGCCGAUGCGGGUAAUAGCUGUAGCUGUUUGAAAGUGCCUGCCGCGGUAAACUGUUUCUAGUGCGACCAUACUGCGGCAAAGUACAGUGCUGCACAGCACUCGUGAGGCACAAAUCAGCUGUUCGGGCAUAGCAUCAAGAAGAAGAAGCGAAGCGUUGGCGUUGUUGCACAAAACACAAAAUUUUAAAAUAAAGAAAAAAAGCGUUUCUUUUAGUCAAAGAAAUAACAAAUGUGUAUUGCGUGAGGACGAACAAGCCAACCACCCAACAUGCUGAAGAGCCUUAAAGCGGACACCUACGCCGGCAUGGCCAAUGCCAAGUGCGGCGAGAUCUACUUCCAGAGCCUGAACAGUUUUCGCAUAGAUUGUGGCUUCUGUGAAAUGAAGAGUUUUGUGUUUAAUGACUUUCUGCUGCACGUCCAGAACGUGCACUUCGAGAACGGCCUGCUGAAGACAGUGGAGCUGGCGGAGCUCAAGGAGGAGAGAGAUGCGUCGGAUGGCUCGCCAGUUCCCAUUAUGGAAGAAGUAAACCCAUUUGCGUGGCACGAAAUCGCCUCUGAUAAUGAUGAAGAUGACCUGGAUAGUGACAGUGAGGACGACUAUGAGAUGGAUGAGGAGAACGAUGAUCCCGGCAGGAUCAUUCUGAAAUGGGAUAAUUCCAAUGCAAUCGCAAACGAUUCGUCGCGCCAAAUGCGCUCUGCCAAAGUGGACUACAAGGAGGAGGAGUCCGACCAAGAUGGCGAGAGCAUUACCAUCGACCUGGAUUUCGAUCUGGACCCGGACCAGGACCAGAACCAGGACCAGGACUAUGAUGACUCGACGACCAAGAAACCACAUUCCUGCCCGCACUGCCCCAAGACCUAUCAGGGGCAGAAGACCCUGGAUCGGCACAUGGCACGUCAGCACAAGCCCGUGGAUCCCGAGGUGGAAGCCGACUACGGGAACUGCAUGAUACUCGAUUCCAGGCCCCAGCCAGUCUACAAGUGUGAGCAAUGUGCGAACACAUUCUUCACAAAGCUAAUGCUGGUGAUGCAUAUGAAGCAGUAUCACAAGGUCAGACGCGAGGCAGCGGUUUCGGCCGCAUCCCCAUCGUUCAAUUGCGUGGAAUGCGAUAUGGAGCUGCCGCGCCUGCGUCUGCUCGACGAGCACAUGCUGAAGGCACACGGCGGACCGGCGUGCGUGAUCUGCAAACGGCGCUACAAGACGCGGCACGAGCUCAAGCGCCACCAGCUAAGGCACAACAGCGAAAGGAACGUGGUCUGUUCGCAUCCCGGCUGCGAAAAGCGCUUCUUCACCACGCGCCACAUGCGCAAUCACACCAAGGUCCACACGGAGGAGAAGAACUUCGUCUGCGAGAACUGCGGCUACAGCUGCCGCAACAAGGAGACGCUGCGCGUCCACAUACGCAGUCACACGGGCGAACGUCCGUUUGGGUGUAAGGUGUGCGAGAAGCGAUUCCCAUCCCAUUCGGGCCUGCGUGAGCACAUGGCCAUGCACUCGACGGAUCGACCGUAUGUGUGCAAUGUCUGCGAUGCAACCUUCUCCCGCCAGAAGGGGCUCUACCAUCACAAGUUCCUGCACAUGGACACCAAACAGUUUGUCUGUAAGCUGUGCGGAAAUGCGUAUGCCCAGGCAGCCGGAUUGGCCGGUCAUAUGCGCAAGCAUCGCAACGUGGAGCUCAAUGGUGGAUCGUAGAGCGCAAGGGAAAGAGAUGGAGAUGGAGAAAGUACGAUCGGAUCGAUAGGGGACUACGUUACACACUUAAGAUAUCUUUUCAAAACAUUUACGACCUUUUUAUUGUAAUAUUUUUCAACUAUGUUUAAGAACUCAGGCAUAGUCUCUAGGCACAAUUUUCAGUUUAGUUGUAGUUUAAUUCUAAACACACUCUACUGUUCAACUGUUUGCUAGACGAUUUCCUUAACUGUUCCGAAACCAGAGAAAAAGAAAGAGAGAGAGAGAGAGAGAGAACUCGAAUCGGAAGCCCUGAGGCCCUGCCACUCUGCUGUUGGUACUUUUGCGUUUAACAUUUUUUUUUUUGUCUAUGGAUGCAUAUAUGUAUGUAAUAAAAUUAAUUCGUAACAA